AGCAGUUAGCUUGGCAACUGGCGGGAAAGAAGGGCUGCGGGAACACGGAAGGCGUGUCCGUGUGAGCGCUGUGCGCGUGCGCCCGAAGAAGCAGGCCGGGGAGACAUGGAAUACUGUCUGGCGGCCGCGGCGCUGAACGGAGUGGAUCGGCGCUCGCUCCAGCGCUCUGCUCGGCUGGGGAGGGAAGUAUUGGAGCGCGCCAAGAGGAGGGCAGUGGACUGGUAUUCUCCAGAGCGAUCCAGAGGCAGCGUGGGGGUCCUUUACCGCCAGGACCCCUACCAGGAAAGAUGGUCGGUCCCGAGUUCCCAGCGCCUCCUAGAAGAGAGAGAAGAAAGGUGCCCAACCCUUAGCUCUUCCUUCAGAACAAUGGCUGAAUUCAUGGACUAUACUUCAAGUCAGUGUGGGAAAUACUACUCAUCUAUGCCAGAGGAAGGAGGGGCAACCCAUGUCUACCGUUAUCACAGAAGGAAGCCUCCAGAGAUUCAUGUGUACUCAGACACUGGGCACAGUCAGGAACAAAGAAACUGCAGAGGUGAGACAUCUGUUGGUCCAGAAAGCAUCUACCAAACAUCAGAGCAUUUUCAAGAGUCCUCUUGGCCUACUGAGAACAUCUCUAAGGACCUCUACAUCGAAGUCUACCCAGGGACCUAUUCUGUCACUGUGGGCUCCAGUAACUUAACCAAGAAGACGCACGUGGUUGCAGUUGACCCCGGGCAAAGUGUGGACUUGGUCUUCCCUGUGUGAUGUUCACCAUCACUGCCGACAUUUCACUCUCUAAGUUGCAAGAAGAAUAAAACCACCCUAUAAUUGUCUUAAUAAUGAUGCAUCAAUCUUGAUUUUUAUGCUGGCUGCAGUGGGGCAGCCUUUCUGAACUGGAGUUGAUCUCUUUCAAGCUCAUUUUAACCUGAACUUAUAGACGUCCCCCAUCCUUGUGUGCCUGAAAACAAUGUAAUGGUGCUGUCUGAACAGCUUUUACUGCUGGCUUCCAAGUAAGUGUUAAUUAUCGUAAUAAAGGGAGAGAUUGGAA